AUGCUGUCACAGAAUCAAGCAUGGUGGAUGGACGUCAGAGCGAGCGAAAACCCAAAUUGUUACGCUCACGAACUUCAUCGAGUUAUGAGUAACAUAGCGGCUCCAGCCAACGACUUCGCAUUAAACUUGGAAUACAGCUUUUCUCAGUUGCUUGUCGAUCUGACGCAGUUGGCGGAAUCCUCGUCACACAAAUGGCAGAAAAGUUCGUCUCCGAUUUGGUACGAAAAUUUCUUUGCUGAUAGUGGAGAAAAUGGAGUGGUGCUUUUGGAUGAUCGCCAUGGAAAAUUUCGGCCUGAAUCUAGUAAGACGUUUUCCGCUUAGAC